GUGUGUGUGUGUGUGUGUGUGUGUGUGUGUGUGUGUGUGUGUGUGUAUAGUCAUGGUGACAGCAAGAGGACAGGAAGGACCUGAAGAAUGUGUGACCUCACAGCACUGAGUCGUAUAAAAGUGAGUCUCCUCAGCUGGGUCCUGGACUCGACCCGUUCUGAAACUGCAGGGCAGAACCAGAAGUAGAACUAGAACCAGGACCAGGACCCGGCAUUAAGGCCUUUGACUUUACUUGGACGACAACCAGCUGAUUGAAGCUUCUACAGAUGGCUCCCUCUUCUUCUGCUGCUCUGAUCCUCCUCUUCUUCUUCUCGGUCACCGUGGAGAUGAGACCGUCACCUCACAGGGAUGGAAAGCAGGUGUCAGGCUCUCUCUUCAGCUCGCACCUCACCUCCCUUAUCAUGGCUCAGCCCACCUCUGAUGACAUCACAGAGGGCUCUGCCAAUGAGGCGACAACCCAACUUGCCUCUGAAGGAGCGACUCUGAACCGAACCAACAUCAACAGACAGGUGGGUGGGCAGGGCCCAGGCCCUGGGUUCCUCCUGGACUUCUUGAAGCAGCAGACCAAGACAAGGGGUCGGAGCCGUAAGACGAUGUUUGGAGGAAGAGGAUGUUUUGGGAUGAAGAUUGACCGCAUUGGCUCCAUCAGCGGCCUGGGCUGUUAGAGACAUUUCAGGUUACCAUGGCAACUAACCACCUUUGACUUCCAGCAUCAUGUGGCCUCAGAGGCCACAGAAACCUGCCGUAGUGACGAAGACUGAAGUAGAGUCUGACCUGUGACCCCUGGCUUAAACACAGCCAGCAGGACUGAGUGUGGCAGCAGCUUCAUGCGUCAGAAUCAGCAAAUAAGCCUGUGACGUCAUCUUGUUCAUGUAACUUAUCUCCAUAAUAAACUGUUUAAGGGUGUCGCUUCCGGCUGUUUUAUGACAUCAUGCUGACGUCACUGCCCUCCCCCUUUCA